AUGAAUAAAUAAAAAUUAGCUUAAGAAAAAUAAUAUAGAGACCAAGCAAAAUACAGAACCCUGUUCAGUGUAAAUAAUUUUGAUAUAUUCAGCAAGAGCCUCAAAAUCCAUUUGGAGAAAAAGAUGUUGAAAAAAUGAAAUAGCAAUAUGCAUAAAUAUUGAAGGAAUAAGUAAAGAAUAUUAUUUAUUAAUCAGAUUUUAGAUUCUUAAAGGCACAAGGAAUAACAAAAAACUAUUGAUAGAUAAGAAACGCAAAAGUAAAUUUAAUAUGAAAGUCCCUUUGGAAAGUAUAAUAUGAAUUUAUCCUAGAGAUCGAUUAAUCCAUCUGUAAAAACUCAAUAGAGAACUUCUAAAACCAAUUUAGGACAUUGAUGAAUUCGUUAAGAAAAAGAACUAAACUGAUAUUUCAAGACCAAAAACUAUAUUAAAGAAUUAAUCAACCGAAAGAAGUAAUUAACAAUACUCAAAUGAUAACUCCGUAGAAUAAGUACCUUAAUAUAAUUUUGACUCUCCCAAUUAAUAAGAAAAUAAGGAAUAUUGGUAAAAUAGAAAUUAAAAUUAAAUCCUUCCCACAUAAUAAACUUAAAGAAUUAGAGAUUAUUAAUCUUCCUAAUCUCUUGGUUUACCAGAGCCAAUUUUAUAAAAUAAUAGUAAUUUAUUAAUGAAAAACAGCAAAAAUAUAAAUUUUCCUAUUCAAUUGCCUCCAAAAACACCUGGAAUAGUUUAUGAUAAACAGAAUAAUCCUAUAUUAUCAGAUUAUGUGAGCAUUUAUGAUUAGUAAUUUAGUAGAUUGCAUAAAUCUGAAAAAAGUGACUUUAUGAAAGAAUUAAACCAACUUAGAUCUUAGUUUUUUGUUUAAUAAAAGCCUCAAGUUUAGCCUUUUAAAUAAAUGGCUAAUUUAUAAUAGUCACCUCCGAAGUUUACUUAAGAUGUUGGAAUUCAGGAUGAUUAAUAUAGGUAGGAAUUGAUGGAAAGAGAAAGGUAAGAAGAAUAAAUAAGAUAAUAAGAAUAUUUGCGUUAACUAGAAGAACAGAAGAAAAGGGAAUAAGAAGAAUAUGAGAAAUAGCUAAGAGAAAAGAUAGAAAGAGAAUUAGAAGAGCAAAGAAGACUAAAAUAAUAGGAAAUUGAAAUUCAAACUGAAAAAUUAGUGACUGAUACAGGAAUUUAACAUGUUGAUUAAAAUGCAGUUACAGCAGCUGAAUAUAUGAAGACUUUAAAAUCACUUUCAGGAAGUGUUAUUGAUAUGAAAAAUUAAUUUAUUUAAGGGCAACAAAAAUUAAAUUAUGAGCUAAUUCAACUGAGAGAUAAGGCACAAAGAGAUAUUGAAGAGAAAUUAAGAAUUUAGAAAGAAUUAAAAGAAUUAGAAUAGAGAAAUUAAGCAAUGAAAGUUUGGGAGGGUGAAAAAUAAAGAUAAUUAAUGUAGGCUUUAGAAAAAAAUGCUCCAAUUCCUCAAUAUAAAUCAGCUUAUAUGGAUCCUAAAUAAAUUAACCCAACUGUUAAAAAAGUCAUAAGAUUUAAAGAUUAAACUUAAGGAUAUGAAUACGAAGAACCUAAUGGAGUAAUGUCAAAAUCAAAUCUUAUGCCGUUAAAUGGAGGAUACGAUUAAAAACACUUGCAUAAUUUAAAGGCUAAUGAACCUGUUCUUCCUGAAGAAUUAGAAGUUUUUAGAUAGGAAGUUGCCCCUUAAUUAAAAUAUUCAAAUCCAAUUACUAGGUAAGUUAGAAUGGAUGAUUUAAAUGAUUAAUUUUAUGAUUAUAAAUAUCAGAGAUAGCUCGAACAUCCUGGUUAAGAUAGAAUUGAGAGAUCAAAAUAUGAAACUCAAAUUAAAAAUGAUCCAAACUAGGUAUUAUUAGAAAAUGAUAGAAGGCUACAUGAACUCAGAAUUAUAGAUCCCAGAGGAGAUAAUAAAUAAAUUUAAGAAUUGUAUGAUUAUUUAUGA